CUCGCCUCUGCCAAGUACCAAGCUUACUGGCGGAUCGAAAUAAUAGUUGCCAGCUGGUCGGACCACUUCGGCCUGGUCGUCUAUCGUACGUAUCUGGUACCGUUCGCAGCUCUCGCCGGUCCUGCUGGUUAUAUAAUGGCAUAUCGUUUGUUUUCACUGCGAGAAUUACUUAAUAGGCCCAGUUCGGGAGAAUUGCGUAAGUCGAUUGACGUCACCGGGUGAAGUACCCAUUUCGAGAAACAAAAGUUAAAGCUCGACGGCCGUUCGAUUCCUCCGACAAUAAUUUUUGACUCUGUUUUCACCGUGCGAGGAUGUCAGCCAGACAAGGCCGCUGAAUCCGACCGGCCGACUUAUCGAAGAGAUGAGCAAGUCGAAGAGCAAACGGGUCAGCAUCCCCAGGUCCGAAGCCGAGAUGCCCUCUCACGUUUAUAGCCAGCUCAACACCAGCUUCAGAUCUCAAGACGUCGAAGGGGACACCAAUCUUCCACCAGUCAUCAGGUCUAAGCUGCAGGAUCUAUUUGCACAGAUUGAAAAGGAGUUUGAGAAUUUGUACAAUGAAAAUUUGAAUUUACAUGACAAGAUAGAUGCUCUUAAUGAAAAGCUUGAAAAGGAAAAUUACAAUCCUGAAAGACAACAGACUAUUUUUGAAUCUACCGAUGAUGUAAUACCUGUGAAAACUUCAAAACAUAAAUUGAGUGGUUCAUCUCAGAAGUUGAAAACGGCUCACAAGUUGAAAGCCCAAACGUCGAAAAUUGUAUCAAGCUUCAAAACACCUUCUGUAGUCUGCUCAGUCGUGAAAGAGCUUAGAGGACAUCGUGAUGGUGUCUGGGACGUUGCCGUUGCUCGGCCUGGUGUACCGCUGGUCGGAACAGCUUCAGCAGAUCACACAGCAUUAAUUUGGAUUAUGGAAUCUGGGAAAUGUGCUCUUCGUUACAUCGGUCACUCAGGCUCUGUCAACUCAAUCAGAUUCCAUCCGACAAGAGACUUAGUACUUACAGCCUCAGGUGAUCAGACAGCUCAUGUUUGGCAAGCAGCAAUUACACCAGAUUACAAUAAAACAGGAGCAUCUUCUGAUGAGGACAUAGAAGGUGGUGGUGAAGGUGAGAGUGGUUGUGAUACCGACAUAGAAGGUGGUGGAGGAACUUCCACACUCCGGACACCGAUUGCCGAGCUGACUGGACAUGCCGGCGUCGUCUCUCACGCUGAUUGGAUGUCAGGGGGAGACUUGAUAAUUACUGCGUCCUGGGACAGAACUGCUGGGCUUUAUGAUGUAGAAAAAAAAGAACUAGUCAAUACACUUACAGGUCAUGAUCAAGAAAUCACUCAUGUCUGUGGCCACCAUUCACAAAGGCUUAUUGUGACAUCUUCUCAGGACACGACAUUCCGGCUUUGGGAUUUCCGGGAACCGAUUCACUCAGUGUCUGUUUUUCAAGGUCACACCGAUACUGUCACAUCAGCUAUAUUUACAAAGAGAGAAGAAAAGGUGAUUUCUGGCUCUGAUGACAGGACAGUCAAGGUUUGGGAUCUGAGAAACAUGAGGUCCCCUCAGGCAACAAUAAGAUCUGAUUCUGCUAUCAACAAGCUGGCUGUUUCAAAUUUGGGAAUUAUAGCCAUCCCCCAUGACAACCGUCAAGUCAGGCUUUUUGAUCUGACUGGCCAACGUAUAGCCAGGCAUCGUCAGGGACACCAAAGGAUGGUUUGCAGUGUGGCUUGGGCAGAUGAGCAUUCUUUUUCUUCAAACUUUUUCUCCUGCGGGUUCGACAGGCUUAUACUCGGCUGGAGCAUUCAGAACAUAAAAGAUCUUUAGACCUCGCAAACCACUUUAUACCAAUUUUGACAAGACACGAUUAUUAAACAAAGAUGUUUCUACCAAAAA